AUAGACGUCCCCAUAGAGACGAACACACACAACAGGGCUGUCAAGAACACGAGAAUUCCUUCAUUCUGUUGCAAUGACAUCAAAUCAGACAUUGUGUCCUGCAGGAAAAUAACCGGGCGUGCGAAAAAUAUGUUUUUCAUCAUCUUAUAGUUGCUAAUUGUAUUUUUUCUUGGAUUAAUGCCCGGAUCUUCUCCCGUUGCAGUUGUCAUGUAGCCAAAGGCCGCAUUGGAGAGGUUUGUGUUGCUGGGUAGGGAGGAGUAGAGCAGCAGGGCUCUGUGUUGCCGUUCAGCUACGGUGAAAACAAUAUUUUUUUUUAUUUGAUCUACUAUCUUCCAAACCUGGAUUGCGGAUCUCUUGCACAUCUGAAGGAUGGAUGUGGACGUAUGUGCUGGUGGGGACAGCACCCGGAGGAAAGUGGAUUCAGCAGGUGAAGGAGGCGCUAUGGAGAUCGUACCGCUGGAGAUGUACGACUCUGCAAGGGCGAAAAUUGAUGCGAAUCUCCGCUGGCUGUUCGCCAAAGCUUACGGUAUAGACCACGUCCCCCAGGACCUCCGGGACCCCUUCUACACGGACCAGUACGACCAGGAGCACAUCAAGCCCCCGGUGAUCCGCCUGCUCCUCUCCGGGCAGCUUUACUGCCGGGUGUGCGGCCUGGUCCUGGAGGGCGAGCAGGCGGCCACGCUGCACACGCACCAGUCGGUCAUCCAGGCGCUGGCCAGGAAGGGCAUCUACGUCCUGGAGAGCGACAACACGCCCGUCUCCAACGCCGACCUCAGCUCCGCCCCCAUCAAGAUGAGCGCCCACAUCCCCCUAAUCGAUGCCCUGAUGAUGGCCUACACGGUGGAGAUGAUCAGCAUCGAGAGGGUGGUGACCAGCGUCAAACGCUUCUCCACCUUCAGCGCCUCCAAGGAGCUGCCCUUUGACCUGGAGGACGCCAUGGUCUUCUGGAUCAACAAGGUGAACAUGAAGAUGAGGGAGAUCACAGACAAGGAGAUGAAGAUGAAGCAGCACCUGCUGGAGUCUCCGAGCCACCAGAAGUCUCCCUCCAAAUGGUAUUGGAAGCUUGUACCUCCUGAUAUCAUGCAUGCGCUGGCCCAUUGCUUGUUGGAGCCAGUGGAGUUCUCUCGCGUGGUGCGUUACCGUAGAGACCACCUCACAGGCCGAACGCUGCAGCACUUCCCCCUGCUGGACGACCUCAUGAAGGACGUGUGUGACGGCGCCGCCCUUCUGGCCGUGGUGCACUUCUACUGCCCCGAGCUCAUGAAGCUGGAGGACAUCUGUCUGAAGGAGGUCCCCUCCAUAGCUGACAGCCUCUACAACAUCCAGCUGCUCAAAGAGUUCUCCAACGAGUACCUGAACCGAGCCUACUACCUGAGGCCAGAAGACAUGCUCUACGCCCCGCCAGUACUGAAGGGGAAUGUGAUGGUGUUCAUUGCUGAACUCUUCUGGUGGUUCGAAACAAUCAAGCCAGACUUUGUCCAGCCCAGGGACUUGCAGGAAAUCAAAGAUGUGCGUUCCCUGCUGCAGCCGAAGAGUUCCCGCCCCCACGUCCCCAUCUCGAACGCCACCAGACGCAGCUUCCUGGUCACGCCUGACUCCCCUAUCCUUAUCGCCACGUCAUCCUCCAGUCCAGACAUCUGCAACAGUAACAGCAAAGCCAGCCCGUCAUCCAGCCCCUCACACUCGUUACUUCCCCUGAGGCAGAGACAGCAGCAGAUGCAGGAGGACGACCUCUUAGGCCAGAGGACCAGGUCGAACUCUCUGACACGAGUGGACGGUCAACCUGCGACUCAGGUUCAGGGGUCAGUGUUGGCCUGGCCAGAGAGGAGACAGAGACCCCUGUCCCAGCCAGUCCCCUAUGCCCUUCACUUCUCCGCGGAGGGUGAGGGGGACACUGUGAGCCUGGCUCGCUCCAUCAGCAAGGACAGCCUGGCCUCCAACAUCCUCAGCGUGACCCCCAAGCACUCGCUGGGGGGCCCCCACCUGCCCCCCGCCCCCAGCAGGUUCAACGGUCAGGGCUUUCUCAUGGGCCACGUCCGCAUCGAGGAUGAGGAGGUGGAUGUGGAGGAGGAGGAGCUGGUGGCCAUCAUUCACCCCGAGGCCCUGGCCCGCCGCCGGGCCCCAGACAUCGAGAUGGAGCAGGAUGACCUGGAGGUCCAAACUAUGACCAGCAGGGGAAUCUCCAAGGCCCGUUCCCCUCGCCCCAGCCCAAACCCCGGUUUGGGCCUGAGCCUGGGCCUGGUCCCGGGCCCAGACCAGCGAGGAGCAGACGGAGCUGGCCAAGGAGCUGCUGAGGAGCGUGAGGGGGAAGUGCCUGGGCGAGGGCGGCGGGGAGGAGGAGGACAAGGAGGAGGCGGGGGAGGGCGAGUCAGCCAAGCUGCGGGAGGACAUGAAGGUGCGCGAGCACGACGACAAGGAGGGCGGCAGCGGCCGCUCCAGCCCGUGUCUCAGCACCACCUCGUGGGCCAGCAGUGCCAGCGGGAGCGCCUCCGUCCGGAUGACCAGCUUCGCCGAGAGAAAGCUCCAGAAGGUCAGCUUCCCCGACGGCUGCUCCAGCACCAGCAGCUCCCAGAAGACCACGCCCGACGGCUCUGAAAGCGCCCCCUUCCCCCUGGGAGGCUCCUGGCGCCUGGGGCGGCUGGGGAAGGACGGGCCCGGGCUGGGGAAGGAGGGUCUGGCGUCCGGGGUGGGGGCGGUGGCGUCGGAGCUGGUGCAGCUCCACAUGCAGCUGGAGGA